CCGCGGCCGCUGGUGAUCCUCCGCUGCGCUAUCUCCCGCGCCGCCUCAGUCUCCGUCGCCGUCUGAAGGAGCGCAGCAUAAGCCCGACCACGGGCCUCCCUCCGCCGCCAUUUCUAGUCGCUUCCAGCCAUGGCAGGAACUGUGGAAGCUACAAUUACUUACAGGACCUAAUGCUCCCUUGUGAAUGUCCAUGAUGCUCUUCUGACUGUUGAAGGUGCACUGCUAUCCUUUUACGUGAAAACUCUGUCUCUUGUACCAGCAUCUUUAGUAACUGUGUAAGCAUCCUCAGCAUUUCAGAAAUAAUGGGGAUUGGCAAGAACACCACUUCCAAAUCUGUAGAAACGGGAAGCCCAGCAGAGGGCAAGUAUGAAGAUGAACCAAAACACCCUGCAUUCUUCACACUACCAGUUGUAAUAAAUGGUGGUGCAACAUCUAGUGGUGAUCAAGACACAGAAGAUACAGAGCUUAUGGCAAUAUAUACUACAGAAAAUGGAAUUGCUGAAAAGAGUUCCCUGUCAGAUACAUUGGACAGCAGUGGAAGCUUAGACGCACAAAGAACGGACAUGAUAUACACAAUUGAGGAUGUUCCUCCCUGGUACCUCUGCAUAUUCUUGGGAUUACAGCACUACCUGACCUGUUUCAGCGGUACAAUAGCAGUGCCCUUCUUACUAGCAGAUGCCAUGUGUGUGGGAUUUGACCAGUGGGCUACCAGCCAGCUGAUUGGGACCAUAUUCUUCUGUGUGGGAAUCACAACUUUGUUACAAACAACAUUUGGGUGCCGGUUACCUUUAUUUCAAGCCAGUGCUUUUGCAUUCUUGGCUCCAGCCAGAGCGAUUCUCUCCUUGGACAAGUGGAAAUGCAAUAACACAGCUGUAAUGGUUACAAAUGGAACGACAGAGCUGCUGCACACAGAACAUAUCUGGUAUCCCAGGAUACGAGAGAUCCAAGGUGCUAUUAUCAUGUCAUCUUUGAUAGAAGUGGUGAUUGGGUUUUUGGGCCUACCAGGGGCGCUCCUGAGAUACAUUGGGCCCCUGACCAUCACACCUACAGUGGCUCUCAUUGGGCUGUCCGGUUUCCAGGCUGCAGGGGAAAGAGCAGGCAAACACUGGGGCAUAGCCAUGCUGACUAUUUUCCUAGUACUGUUGUUUUCUCAGUAUGCCCGAAAUGUCAAAUUCCCUUUACCAAUUUACAAAUCCAAGAAAGGGUGGACUGCAUAUCGGUUGCAACUUUUUAAAAUGUUUCCUAUCAUCCUUGCUAUCCUAGUGUCAUGGUUGCUGUGCUUCAUCUUCACUGUGACUGACGUCUUUCCUCCUGAUAACACAAAGUAUGGAUUUUACGCUCGCACUGAUGCCAGGCAAGGAGUGCUCUUGGUAGCACCAUGGUUCAAGGUUCCUUACCCAUUUCAGUGGGGAUUGCCAACGAUUUCAGCUGCGGGAGUCAUUGGGAUGCUUAGUGCGGUGGUUGCUAGCAUCAUUGAAUCAAUUGGUGAUUACUAUGCCUGUGCAAGGUUAUCUUGUGCUCCUCCACCGCCAAUCCAUGCAAUAAACAGAGGCAUUUUCAUAGAAGGUCUUUCCUGUGUGGUGGAUGGAAUAUUUGGUACGGGGAAUGGAUCUACUUCUUCUAGUCCUAAUAUUGGAGUCUUGGGGAUUACAAAGGUGGGAAGCAGGCGUGUUAUUCAAUAUGGAGCAGCCUUCAUGCUGCUGCUUGGAAUGGUUGGCAAAUUCAGUGCUCUGUUUGCAUCUCUCCCUGAUCCUGUGCUUGGAGCUCUCUUCUGCACUCUCUUUGGGAUGAUUACUGCAGUAGGGCUGUCUAACCUCCAAUUCAUAGAUUUGAAUUCUUCCCGAAACCUCUUUGUGCUUGGCUUUUCUAUCUUUUUUGGAUUGGUCCUUCCAAGUUAUCUCCGUCAAAACCCGUUAGUCACAGGUAUAGCCAGCAUUGAUCAAGUACUAAAUGUUCUUCUUACUACAGCCAUGUUUGUUGGAGGUUGUGUAGCAUUUAUUUUGGAUAAUACGAUUCCAGGAAGUCCUGAGGAAAGAGGAAUCCGGAAGUGGAAGAAAGGAGUGGGCAAAGGCAGCAAAUCCAUUGAUGGCAUGGAAACCUACGACUUGCCUUUUGGCAUGGAAGUGAUCAAGAAGUACAGAUGUUUCCAUUUCUUGCCCAUCAGUCCCACCUUUAUGGGCUACACAUGGAAAGGAUUCAGGAAAGGAUCCCAGGAGGAGGACUCGGAGGCUACCGUAUAGCCCCUGCUGAAAACACCUCCCUUCCCUUCUUGCUGUAGUAACAGACAGAUCUGCAGUUACUUGCUGACUUCUAUUUUGUAUAUCUGCAUUUUAAAUUCUGGAACCAGAGCUGGGACAAAUUCUAAAAGUAGCUUUCCUAUUGUGGGCGGUGAUAGCUAUUUAUAAUGUCUCUCUUUACUUAACAUGGUGUUUUGUUCUGUUUUAAAAACUUUGUUAAAAUGGCUUAUCCUAAAUUUUAGCACAGCUGCUGUUGAAUUGAAAAAUUUAAAUCCAGCUCCAAAUUAGUAAAUAGUAUUUCCAUAAAUGCAGCACUCAAAUGUUGCUGUGUCUUUCCCAAUUUCAGCAGACACAUUCCAUUUCUUUAUCCCUCCCGAUCCUGCAGUCAGUUGUUUAUAUUCUGGCAAAAUUAUAACCAAAUAUUUCAUAGUGGUCAGCAGCACUUUCAAAGUUCAUCCAGCAAUAGGCAGGAACUGCUAUCUUGACAACUGGUGCCCUUUAGCACAUGGUUUUGUUGCAUAAUAGCAAUAGUUGGAUUGUGAUUUUUAAAAAAAUGACCUUGAUCCUAGAGCUCUUUGUCAGCCUGAAUUUUUCCUAGCGGUUGCUUGGUGUGGCUCCAUGUCUUCAGCUGUCACACAGUUGUGCAUUCCUGACCUGACAGUAAGAAUGCCUAAGCAAGCACUUCAUGUAUACUCACAACCCAAGCCUUAUAUAAUAGAAUUGCUAUUAAGCACCUCAAGUUAGUAGUCCUCAAUAGAAUAAUUCAAAUAGAAGGUUCUUAUUGUCUCCAGAUUUUUGCUACUUUGUUUUUAGACUGUUGAAUGCGAAACAAUUCUGCCAGUUUCAAAUGUGCCCUAUGAUUGACAUUGCCUUUAAAAAAAAGUUUCUUCUUUUCUGAGCUGAACAGAACACAGGACCCUUUUUAAUAACAGAUGAGACAUUAUGUAUGACAUCACUGUCCACAGGGUGGUUUAACGGGUAUUGGGGGCCCACUGUGGGUGCCAUUUGACUUUAUUUUCCUGUACUAGUCUUGGCUCUGAUGUAAUGUGGCUGUUAAUGCUCAUCAUGCAUUCAUAAUUACAAAAAAGUUAUUCCAGUUUAAUGUUCUUACUAUUGCAAGUUAGUUUUUAGACAUCAAUGCUUUGUGUGUUUGUGUGGCUUCCCCUCACCCCCUUAAUUGUGGCCCAAAACAUUUUUUUAAAGCUGUGGAAAGAUUUGUCAGGAGGGUAUUAGGGAAAGUGUUCUCUCAAGGCCAGUAUGCUCUAAGGUGCUUGCUUUGUUGUAUGUUUUGUUUUUGAAGCAGAUACUGUAAAUCGUUGGUCAGUUUCUCAAACUUGGCUACUAAAGAAGAGCAACCACAGCCUUUGUUUUAUCUCUGAAGCUCUUAGACUUGGGGAAAGGCAGUAAAGAGCCUUGAUGUAUCAGUAUUGAAAUGAAGCUGUUGACCAGCAUAUUCCCUGCCAUUUCUGCAGCAUUCUCUUUGUACAAUUUUUGUUUUGUUUGAAUCCAGAUUAGGUCCACGUUUUGAUCUCCCCUGACUUACUUUCAAUAGUUUGCUGUCUUGGAAUCAAAUAGAUAAGCCCUCGAAAAUGUUAAACUUGGGCUGGCAAUACAGUCCUUUGGAGGUCUUCCUGUGACCUUGGGAACUACUUGUGAGUUUUGGUUAAUAACGCUACAGCAAUGAUUCUGUGCGCAUUUACAUAGAAGUAAGUUCUAUUGAGGGUACUGGGGAGUAGUAACAAUAUAGAGGGUAAGGCUACAUGCUUCCCUUUUCCACCUUGUAUAUUAUGUGUAACCAAAGAAAUGGGGGAGGACCAGCCACCUUGGCUGAGUAGUGGUUAAUAACAGGUGCCAAAGCCCAUCUUUUUUCUUUUUCUCUCUUGCUCUCUCCCCCCUCCCCUCCUGUAGGGCAUAAACUAACUUAAGCUUGGUUUGGUCAUAGUUGGUCUCUCUUCUCUCCCUCGACACCUCCGCUCUUUCUUGGCUAAAGAACCAGUUGUUUGUUAAUGCAGAGUUGAAAUGUUGCUGCAUGUGUCUUGCUGCAGGGUAAGUUCAGGAGAAAGUCCCCAGGAACUUGGGAAAGAACCAGUCUUCAGUGGAUAGUGUCCAGCAUUGUUAAAUGAGAUAUGCGGAGGCCUAGGCAGGAUCAGCAUGUUUCAAGCACCUUAAUAUUGUGUUAAUGCCUAUCUCCUUGCUGGACAGUAUUUAUUGCAAAAACUUCUUUGGGUGGAAUGCAACCAACAGCGGGUUCAUAUAUUGCACAGAAGUAACAUGUGUUUCUUGUCUUGCUUCAGCUGCGGUGUGUGCUCAGGUAUAAAUUCAUCUUUUUAGAGGGUUCUCUGCCCAUCCUAGAUGAAAGUUUGAAAAUUGCAAAUGAUGUAAAAAUGGUUUCAUAGUCAGACAUCAUUUUUCUGAGAAUCUUAGCUAUCUUGAAAGGCUUGCAAUGACUGUAUUAGCUGCACCAAACAAAGGCAAACCGAUUUGCCAAAGGUUUGCAUUUCUUGCAAAUAGAGCCUGGUUUUACAAAAUGAUUCUGCAUCAAAAAUCCCAAAGUCUGAGGAGGAUUAAUUUGCUUUGAUUUAAAGGCAAAGUGAUGAAAGCAAACUCCCCUGUUCUUGUAAAAGCAACCACAAGAGGGUGCCAUAAACACUGCUGCUUCAGAAAGGUUUUACUGGCUUGGAUGUUUGAUCAUACACUGCUAUGAUAAGAGCACUCAGAAUGUUAGUUAUUUCUAAAGCAGAGAUAAGAAUAGAGAGAAAUUAAUGCAUACACUUCUUUUGUCUUGAGGGAAAAUGAUUUUUUUUUCCUAAAAGGGAGUUUCUAAUCAAAGAUUACUAACUAUGUGAUGGUUAUAGCUAGCUGUAGCUUGCAGCAGAGUCCCCAGCAAGAGAGCAGCUUUCGGGUGGCCUAAUAGCAGAUGAGAGAGCUCAUGGGGCUCAAACUACCAGGAAAGUUUUCCCGCACAAACACUGAAAUGAAAGAGGUUCCGUUCAUUUCAACAUGGUAUUCACAGGAGAACGUUGUCCCAUUAUCCUAUACCUGUGUUAGGAAGGGGGAGUUGUCAUUUGGCAUGUCUGUAUCAGGCACCGGAAUAUUUUUCUGCUGCUUGUAUUUGUACAGAGAAAAAUAUGGAUCCUCCUUUCUCUGUAAAGGCCCAUUCUGGCGUUUGGAGGCCAGAGUGUGGUGUACCUCUGGCUGGUCAUUCAUGGGCUUUAAAUGGUUUAUCAGUUUAGUUCUGAAUUGAACUAACAUAAUAGCUGGAUGCUUAUGUGUAUCCUAUUGUUAUAUAUAGCUGGAACAGAGUAAAAACAAGGUUGUGACUGCUUUAAAUUAUGUCUUUGCAAGUAGCUGCCUGUCUUUUUCUAUCAGCUAAAUUAAACUAGAGUGUCUAGAGAUGAUGCCUAAUGGAAGGGCUGGGAUAAAGCACUGACAAAUUUCCAUUAAAAGAAGCAAAUAUCCAUGACAAAAAUAACUGCUGUGUCAUGUCAAAGAUGUAUAAAACAGUAUAUUCAAACUGAAACCAAUUUGGAAGCUUUUGUAUGUAAACUGUAAACUUAUGUUAAUAUUUUGGUUAAAUUAAGUACUCUGAUGAAGAUCUUUGAAUGUGUCUUAUAAAAUGAUGCCUCUUGAAUUUAUAUUUAAUUGCUAAUUUUAUCAGUGGUUGACAAAAUGUAUUAUUCAAAUUGGACUAAGCUGCAUCAGGGAUGGCAUUUUUAAAUUUACACAGUCAAUUUGUUUUACACCGUUUAAUACUAACUUUCAAUAUGGCAACUUUGUACAUGAAUAUUUCAGUAUUUUAUUUCCAUAGACUUAAAAAAACAACAACAGCCAACCAACCAGUAACAUUUCCACCAAGGAUAAUUACCACAGAAUUCCUGGGUGGGAGUGAUAUGAUUGUCAUGACAAUGUCAUGUGAUGAUAGAAUUUCUUCAUUGACGAAUUCGUAGCAAUUGUGUAUACUUUAUUUACCCAUGCUUACCUUAGUAACUGAAAUUAAAGAAGCUCUUGAUCACAAAAAACAUUGGUACUGGCAGUGGAGCUUUCAGUUGUUGCAAAAUAAAAAGUUGAGAAUGGAGCUAACUCAACUUACGAAACAAGGUGUGCAGCCUCCUCAGUUGGUGGAUUUGGCUUCCGGCUGUCAGAGGUGGCAGCACAGGAGACAGAUUCUUCCCAAGGGGUUCAGUCUGUGAUAAAUUCUCCGACACAAGCCUCAUGGACAUUAACUGCAGUACUCUUGUGCAGCCCCCCAUGACAUCUGUUUCAACUGAGGAUUAUGUAGGAGAACUGCCCUGUGGAUUGUAUCCCAAGUUAAUUGGGUGUGUGUGUGUGUGUGGAGGGGGAAUAUUUUGGGGGAUUUUUGCUUUUAGCACUGCAACACCAUGGGCCAGCUCUGAUUGAGAACCAGUUAUGCUGCAAGAGAUGUUAAUCAGAUGUGAUAUUCAGCAGUCAGACUAAAACAUACCAACUACUUAUUGAUGGCAUAAACUAGACUGUGAACUUCUGCUAUCUUUAAGUGCCAACUUCCAAUGAUGUAAUUUUGGGCUGCUUCCCACAUUACACUGAACGAUGAAGAAUCUCAGAUUUUCUACCCCCCCCCCCCACCUCAUUCUUCAGCUCUAUACCAAUCAUGUCUUCUGCAUGAGCAUCACAGAUACAGGUCAGGUUACCAAGAAGCAUGCAUAGGGCUUGAUUGGGUAUGCGUAAGCGAAAGCACAGUAGUAAAGGCAUGGCAUUAAAAGGUGUAAGAUUAGACCUUUUGUCUGAGGCAAAGCUACAUUACCUGCUGCACUGUGUGCGUGUUUAUAGCAGUUUUGCCUGCAUGAGGAGGAAUAACACAGCCUGCUUGUAGGCAUGUGUCAAAAUGCAUGGGAGACUCAGAUUGGCCAGUUUAAAAUCUGGCUCUCAUCCCUAAAGGACCCAUCCACCUUUGCUUUAGUUGUAAUGCCAGACCCCCUUCACAAGUAACUCUCAUCUCCACUGGAGCUGUGCAUCCAACUUGAUGAGCUGAGACUCAGCAGGCGGGACGCUUUGUGAUAAAGUCUAAUGUGGGAAAGCAGCCCUUUGCCACUGGAUGUUCACUUGCAUUCCAAAGCAUCUCAAUAUGAACAACAGACCAGCACAAAAAAUAAAGCUUUUUCUUCUUUUUUCAGUGGCCUUCUUGAACUAAAACAUUCAGCCAUUAAUCACCAAGAGGAGGCAUGGGGGAGCUAGUCCCUGCAGAAAAUUAUAUACUCACAGUUUUUGUCUUCGCAUGGUGCAUGUUGCAUAUAGAACUUCUCACUCAGACUUUUCUUAACAUGCCUGGACAGAGAUGGCAAAUGUGCUGGGGCUUCACCUUUUGCAGCAUUUAGAACUUUUUGUCAUUUGUGCUCCGAGGAGGCCACAUAUUAGCCAGUAUUUAGCUUCUUUCCAUUGGUCUCUCUGUCUCUCUACUGUAAUAGUGCUGGGCUGCUUUAAGUAUUGAGAAUUCAUCUUUGGCAACAUCCAAAACAUUCCUGUCUGGCUAUGAUUUUAUUGUGGCUGUGAUUAGUCAUCAGUACAUAUUUGAUAGCAAAGAAUUGCCUUGUAUUAUUGUUUGGCAUCUUUCCAAAUAAACCAUUUUGCCAAUCCAGACUACCAUA